CUCGACAACUUCAGGGGAGCUACAAAAAUAAAAAAAUCGUUAGAAUAUUCAAAAUAAAUUUCUUGAUGUUCUCCAUGUAUUGCAUGUAUUGCGAGUGAUUCAUGUGGUAUUUUAAUGUAAAGACAAAAGAUAUGCUGGAAGGGAGUGAGAGCAUGAUGAGUUCAAUAACGACAAUGGAGAAUCCUGAUGUCAAAAGUCAUCACCCGGCCAGGAGAUAUGACGAGAACAAUCAGAACGUCGAGAACUCCUCGCAGGAAAAAAAACAGUGGACUUUGUCUGAUUUUUCCAUGGGGAAGAAAAUCGCUCAGGGGUCAUUUGGAAUUGUGUAUUCAGCGAAGGAGAAACAUCAGAAUGUUGUCAUUGCCAUUAAGGUUCUGUUCAAAACUGAUAUUAAGAAGAGGAAUCUGAAACAACAGGUGCUGAAGGAAAUUGAAAUCCACUCUCAUCUAAAGCAUCCCAACAUCCUGAGGAUGUACGGUUGGUUCCAAGACGAAAAACGUAUCUACAUGGUCAUGGAGCUGACCCCCUCGGGUGAUUUACUAGCCAGAAUGCAGUUAGAGCCCUGGAAGAAGUUCAGUGAGCCAGUGGCAGCCUCUUACCUGAGGGAGUUGACAGAGGCUAUAAAGUACAUCCACAAGAAGCAGAUAAUCCAUCGGGACGUGAAGCUGGAGAACCUCCUCCUAGACAAGGACGAUGUCCUCAAAUUGACAGACUUUGGGUGGGCUGUCCACACCCCUACCUGUGAGUCCUUCAGUGAUUGUGGAGUAAGAGAGAACAUGGCUCCUGAGAUGCUUCUCAAAAAACCUUACGAUUAUGCUGUUGAUGUUUGGGGGAUUGGAGUCGUUGGCUUUCAGAUGAUAGCUGGAGUCUUCCCGUUCUUUGGACGAGAUAAAGACGAACUUGUAAAGAGAAUUACGAAUGUUGGGAUUGUUUUCCCAGAUGAAAAGUAUUUCAGUGAUGAUGCUCGUAAUUUAAUUUCAAAGCUUAUUGUCCUCGAUCCAAACGAGAGGCUCACUCUGGAUGAAAUAACAAAUCACAAUUGGAUUGUGAAGAACCGAUGAGUGUGAAUAUUUUAUUGAUGAUGAUCCAAAGAAUGUUAUUUAGUGUGUGAUAAGUAAUAAAGGCAACUUUUUCUACUCUG